ACCUGUUUUACCAACCGAUUUGAAAAUGGCAGUUUGCGUCGUUUACGUUUUUCAUGUUUAUUGUCAAGAAACACAUUUGAUAUUAAAUUUAUAAUAAAUGAUUUUUACAGUAUUAAAAGUAUGUCGGAUGCGGUAGAAAUCACAGUAGACAAUGAUAUAUCGAGUAAACUCUCUCAGAACCUUCAAGUACAGGAGCAAGAGGUGAACGACUGCACCGAGUUUCUAAAAAUUGCAUACAGAAGAUACAGAAAGUACAAAAUUAUAUUAGAAUCGGUUAAAGAAUGUUUGGAGGACGACAGUGUUUUAGACGAUAAUUUAAAGAAGAAGAUAAAGAAUAUUAUUUGUAGCGCACAAUUGUCAGAGAUAAGACUGAAUCAAAAUGCAGUUGACAGUUAUUUGGCCAACGAACCCGUUUUAGGAGUUUCACUAACUAGCAGCGAGUUAACUUAUUCAGAAGGUAGCGAGCUUGAAAAAUGCAUGAAAUCCAAGUUAGAUAACAAAUAUCAUACGGUAAAGAAUUCCUUUUCUUCACUUCUUGGUAAAACGUCAAUGAACACCGAUCAAAGAGACUCGGACAAUCUUCUAGAUGUAUGUUUUGGUGAUUUAGAGUUAAUUGAAUUCAAAAGGAAAUUAAUAUCGGAACAGGAAUGUUACAUAACUCACCAGCUUCAGUUAUUAGAACUGCUAGAAGAAUUAAAAUGUAUUAGGCUAGAAAAUGUACCACAGUUCACUGAAAAGAAACUGGCGGAAUGUACGUUAAGGUCCAAAAUAAAUUAUUUAAAGUCGUUAUUGGCAACUGAGAAGUGUAAAGUGGAUAUUUUUAUGGAAACCAGUUAUUCUCUUCAAGCAUAUACGGAGCUUAUAAAAGACAUUAAAGGACAGCAAGAAGAAUUAAAAGAAGACAUAAGGAGGCUGAACAAUCUCAAAAAGCAAUACGCACACGUUUCUUGUAUGGAAUACGACGAAAUCCAUAAAUCUUACGUGCAUUAUAAAGCUGCAUUGGAUAAAAAGAAAAAGAUGUACGAAUACAUUAACGCAAAGACAUAAGCAAUAUACAAAACAUCUAAUGUAGAACUAUAUGCCUCUUCCUGCUACUAAUGUAAAUAUAUGCUAAGCUAUUUGUA